CGUUCUUCUUCCCUAUCUCGUGCUUAAGACCCCCGUUAUUCCUCUCCAUCUCUCUUUCCCCUCUUUACAGAUAUAUUAACCUAUCAUCAGAUGAUUAAUAAACACUAAUUAAACAAAUCUUUAGAUAUCAAACAGAAAAUGGAGGUUAAAGAAGAGACUAAGGGCAGUAUAAGUAGGGUUGAGGCUAACUUGCCUCCUGGGUUUAGAUUCCACCCGAGAGACGACGAACUGGUCUGCGACUACUUAAUGAAAAGAACCGUUCGUAGCCUCUACCAACCAGUUGUCUUGAUCGAGGUUGACCUCAACAAGUGCGAGCCUUGGGACAUUCCUCAAACGGCGAGAGUGGGAUGUAAAGAAUGGUAUUUUUACAGCCAAAAAGAUCGAAAAUACGCAACGGGACAACGGACAAACCGAGCUACGGCCACCGGUUAUUGGAAAGCCACUGGUAAAGAUAGAUCAAUCCACAGAAAUGGUAGUCUUGUGGGCAUGAGAAAGACACUUGUAUUUUACAAAGGUCGAGCUCCUAAAGGUCGUAAAACUGAUUGGGUCAUGCAUGAGUUUCGUCUCCACGGAACAUUUCUUCACCACGCUCCUAAUCGUCUCAAGGAAGAGUGGGUAUUGUGUAGAGUUUUUCACAAGAACAACAACGAAGUCGACAGAGACAACAACAUGAGAAGCUGCUCAAACCAAACUGCUUCUGUGUCGAUGGACUCUUACAUCAACUUCGACCAUCACCACAUCAUCAACCAGCAAGUGCCCUGCUUCUCCAAUUUGAACCAAACCAACCAAUCCGGCUUUGUCUCCAAGAACCCCAACCCGUUGUCCAAAUCUUCCUCGGAUCAGAUGGUUCUCAGGGCUGUGCUAAGCCAACUCACUAAGAGUGGCAAAUAAUCACAGAGUUAAGGAGAAGGAAGCUCAGAGAGACAAUUAACCGACAUUGGCAUCCCAAGCCACAAUGCUUGGAAGUAUUGAUCACUACCAAAAAUAUAUGAUUAUGCAAAUGAAUCUAUAUUGUUCAUAACUGAAGCCAUUAUUUAUUUA